UGGUACGUGACACCAUGUGUAUUUACUCAAGCUAUAUAUAUGUCCUAUAAGCAUCUUUAGUUGGGCCAUAGCGAGAUAUGUCGUUCUCUCACUCUUCUGUGUUGUAUGGAGAAUACACUCCCAAUGUGUUACCAAGCUGUGAGUUUUUCCCCGCCAACGCCGCCUCCGAGAAUUCGCACGGUGCCGCCGACUUUGCCGCUUUCGACGAAGGCUACUACGAGCAGUUCGCUUCGCCGACGGCCGCGCACGGCCCGGAAGAGCCUCUUGCUGGUGGUGAUUGCAGCCCAACAGCUGAUAUGAUAAUGAACUGUGGGGAUGAGAUGAAGGGGAUGGGGGUGGAAAUUGGGAGCAGGAUUGGGUUCAGAACAAGAUCAGAGGUAGAGAUUUUGGAUGAUGGAUUCAAAUGGAGGAAGUAUGGGAAAAAAUCAGUUAAAAACAGCCCCAAUCCAAGGAAUUAUUACAAGUGUUCGAGCAGCGGCUGCGGAGUGAAGAAGAGAGUCGAAAGGGACCGCGACGACCCGAGCUACGUGAUCACCACCUACGAAGGGGUGCACAACCAUCUCACACCCGGAUUCGUCAUCUGCGAUCAUGACUCUCACUGCAGGAUGUACCCGACGUUGAUUUCUCACAACAAUUGCUCGCUUUUUUGAAGUUGUGAUGUUCGAUUCGUUUCUAAUCGCACUGCAAGAGCGAAAAACUUGUUAAAAAUGAGCUGUAGAGACGAGAAUCGGCACGGCGUGCUGUAUGUGGAUGUGUGUACAUUCAUGCGAAUUCAAUGGAAUGCGUGCUUGUUUU